AUGCAUGAUAAGUUGGAAGUGCUUCUGCCUUCUUUAAUUUCUACAAAUCAAUCUAGAUUUGUGAAGGGUAGAAAUAUCAUUGAAAAUGCUCUGUUGACUCAAGAAUUAGUUACUAAUAUAAGAAAAAGAGGGAAACCAGCUAAUGUGAUCAUCAAGCUGGACAUGGCAAAGGCUUAUGAUAGGGUGUCUUGGAGUUUUCUUGUGCAAGUGUUGAGAAAGAUGGGAUUUGAAGAAAUGUAUGUGGAUAUGGGUUGGAGAUUGAUUGCCAAUAAUUGGUAUUCUAUACUAAUUAAUGGACAGUCCUUUGGCUUUUUUCAUUCCACAAGAGGGGUAAAGCAAAGAGAUCCUCUAUCUCCUGCUCUUUUUAUUCUGGCUGCAGAGGUUCUAUCAAAGGCUCUUAAUUCUCUAGUUGAGCAUGAUAACUUCAUAGGAUAUGGAAAACCAAAGUGGAGUAAAAAUUUGAAUCAUCUAGCAUAUGCAGAUGAUACAAUUAUAUUUGCUUCAGCUGAUAAAGUUUCGUUAUAG